UAAAAACAAAAAAACAAAGAACUAUACCCCAUAAUUUCUAAUGGCCGGUUUCACAUCAGACUUGCAUAGUUUUAAACAUUCAUUUUCUUUCUUGGAUUUUGAUCCUCCCAUGGAAUCACUCAGCCAAUUCACAGAGCUAAACCCACGUCUCAUGGAUAAUUCACUCCUGAAUUACCAAAGCUUCUUGCCGGACAACAUCUUCAGCAAUCAAGCACAGGCAAUUCCAGGAGGAAACUUGCAGAGUUCAGUCUCAGUUGUUCAGCCCAUUGUCACUGCUAAAACCGAGUUCCAUGAAAGCAAUAAGAGAAAAGUAUCGGAUGUAUUUAAAGGAUGUUCUGGGAAUUACUCAUCAUCUCCUCAGAUUUCUCAAAGCGAAAACAAGAGAAAAAAUAAUUUGAGUAAAGGGAAAAGAGCAAAAGGUAUUGAGAAGGAAGUGGAGAAACCAAAAGAAGUAGUUCAUGUUAGAGCCAAAAGAGGUCAAGCUACGGAUAGUCACAGUUUGACAGAAAGGGUUAGAAGAGGGAAAAUAAAUGAGAGACUAAGAAGCUUGCAGGAUAUUGUUCCAGGGUGCUGUAAGACCAUGGGGAUGGUAGUAACGUUAGAUGUGAUAAUCAAUUAUGUCCAGUCCUUGCAGAAUCAGAUUGAGUUUCUUUCGAUGAAGCUGACAGCAGCAAGCACAUACUAUGACUUCAACUCUGAGUCAGAUGCCAUGGAAAGAAUGCAGAGGGAAAAGGCACAGGAAACAGAAGAGUUGGAAAGAUUGAUGAGAGAAAUGUUCCUCACUAGCAUGAGUGAAAUCUUUAUACCUAUAAUUUUUUGGCAGUCACAUAGCAUUAAUCAAAUUCCUUUCCUGCACUAUUUGUUUACAUUUUCUUCUUCUUCAAGUCUCUCUCUGGUCAAUUUCCUUUGA